UUCCAUCUGCCAGUGUCAGCGAUUUGUUUCUUUUACUUAUAUUUCAGUUGGGUUAGAUAUUUUAUAUAUAAUUUCUAUGUCAGACUCAUUAUUGUAAAAUGUGAUUUUUGGAGGAGCGAAGUGCAAUUUUCCUUCUAAAGAAAAUCUGUGAAUUUGCUUCAUACUCGAUCCAAGAUUCUACCUGCAGGUGAGCAGUGGCUGAUCAUCAUGAUCUCUCAGUUCUUCGUUCUUUCACAGAGAGGCGACAACAUCGUCUUCCGAGACUAUCGUGGUGAUGUACAGAAAGGAAGUGCAGAGAUAUUCUUCCGCAAAGUAAAGUUCUGGAAAGAAGAUGGCAAAGAGGAAGCACCACCUGUUUUUAAUCUCGAUGGCGUCAACUACUUUCACGUGAAGGUUGUUGGCCUGCUUUUUGUUGCAACCACGAGGAUCAACUUGUCCCCUUCCCUAGCCUUGGAGCUUUUACAGAGAAUUGCACGCGUCAUCAAAGAUUACCUUGGUCUGCUUAGUGAAGAAUCACUACGGAAAAAUUUUGUGCUUGUGUAUGAGCUGCUGGAUGAAGUUAUAGAUUUUGGAUACGUUCAAACAACAUCUACUGAAGUCUUGAAGUCUUACGUAUUCAAUGAACCAAUUGUGGUUGAUGCUGCACGCUUGCCACCUCUUGGUCCUGCAGCCUUAUUUAUGCAAGGAAACAAACGAAUGCCUGGAACAGCUGUUACAAAAUCUGUUGUGGCACAUGAACCUGGGGGUCGGAAGAGGGAGGAAAUCUUUGUUGAUAUAAUUGAGAAAAUAAGUGUCACCUUUAGCUCUAGUGGAUAUGUAUUGACUUCUGAAAUUGAUGGCACCAUUCAAAUGAAGAGUUAUCUAACAGGAAAUCCAGAAAUCAGAUUAGCUCUCAAUGAUGAUCUAUACAUUGGAAGAAGUGGGGUAUCAAGUUAUGGCUUUGGUGGUUCUUCAGGGACAGGACCAGUAAUUUUGGAUGAUUGCAAUUUUCAUGAAUCUGUACAUAUGGAUAAUUUUGAUGUUGACAGAACACUAAGUCUGGUACCACCAGAUGGGGAAUUUCCUGUCAUGAAUUAUCGCAUUACCCAGGAAUUCAAGCCCCCGUUUUCUAUUAACGCCUUAAUCGAAGAAGCGGGGUCCCUCAAGGCCGAAGUGAUUCUGAAAAUCCGUGCGGAGUUUCCUUCAAGCAUCACAGCUAACACAAUUCUGGUAGAGAUGCCAUUGCCAACAUGUACAACCAGAGUCAAUUUUGACAUGGAACCUGGAAUAGCUGGACAGACUGCUGAUUUUAAGGAAUCACAAAGGAGACUCGAAUGGAAUUUGAAGAAGAUUGUCGGGGGAUCUGAACACACUCUACGUGCAAAGUUAAAUUUUUCACAGGAGUUCCAUGGUAAUAUAACUAAAGAAGCUGGUCCUGUGAGUAUGACCUUCACAAUACCUAUGUAUAAUCCUUCAAGGCUGCAGGUGAAGUAUCUACAGAUAGCAAAGAAGACCAAAAGUUCCAACCCCUAUCGGUGGGUGAGAUACGUUACUCAGGCUAAUUCUUAUGUUGCUCGCAUUUGAAAGUAGACAUGGUUUUCCCUGUUUAUAUUUUCAUUUCCUCUACUUCUUUGGAUUUUGACCUGCGGCGUAGUCUAUGGUUAUCGAGUUAGAUCUUCAUCGGAGAUGCUUGCGACACGUCUUUCUUUCAACUCUGUUUUCUUAUAUCUGAAGGUUGAUGCCUCAUCAUGUACACUACCAUUACACUUUUAUAUCGGGAGAAAUGCAAUCCACCCCUUGUGUUAACAUAAA